GUGAAAUUCACUUUUUUCCGAUUUUCCCGAAACAUUCAAUUUAAGUAGCUAUACUAUAUAGCUUCGGACGAAUACCAUAUAGAUCGGCUAUUGUUCAAAAAUUUUCGUGUGCUCGUAAAUAAUUUGUCACGGUGCCAAAAGAUAAGCGAUCUCGGCGAUGGAGCGAAAGGACCAGGCAAGGGCAGAAAACCUGCUGGGCAGACGCUACGGGCAGCUGUUCCACGGCGGCAAGUACACGGACUGUGUGUUUCACGUGUGCGAGGAGCAAGUCAAGUGCCACAAACUUAUACUGACCACCGCCAGUCCGGUCUUCGAGGCAAUGUUCUACGGACCAAUGCAGAACCACGAUCCAGAACCCGAGAUUGAGAUCCACGACAUCAGUGCUCCCAUUUUCAAGGUCCUGGUGGAGUACAUCUACACCGGAUCGGUGGACUACAACAGCAUCGAGCUGGUCUCUUGCAUUGAGCUGUACUAUGCGGCGGAGAAGUAUUUGCUGGAAGAACUCAUCUCCGAUUCCCUCAUGGCCGUCACCUGCAAGCUUCGCUUCUCCAAUAUCCUGCCCGCUCUGGAGCUGAGCGUUUGCAUGGGUCUGGAUUCCCUGCUCGAGGUGUGCAUGACCUUCUUUAUGCGCUGCUGCGCCAACAACGGCCAGUAUAUUAAUCACCUUAAGGAGCACUAUGUGCACGUGUCCAAGGAGUGCGUCAAGGCCAUCAUUGCCGCCUGCAAGGAGCCGCACAAGCUGCUCAUCUGGUACGUCUACGAGUGGACCCGGCAGGAGUGCGAGCAGCUGGGCCUAGAUCCCGGAGAUUCGGGCUUGGUGGCCCACGAAUUGGGAGGCGAAUCUACCGGCUGGCCCGUGGCUGCAGAGCUGAAGCCUCCGUCUCCAACGUUGACCCCCAUAAUGUCCAUUGAACGUUGCUACUACAAGGCCUGCCGGCCAUUUACGGUGGACGCCGACUGCCCAGUCUUUCGUCUGCGACUCAAGUGCUCUCGAUUUAUAUCCCUGAUGGGUUUGGUCCUGAACAGUCGGUUGACGCCCAACCGCUUGGGUCAUGUGCAGGAGCUGGAGUACCGGGAAUCCCUAAGACUGGACCUGUGUGAGUUGCCAUCCGAUAGCGAGGGCCCUCCAACGGAGGAGCCGGUGUGGAGCCACAAGGUGCAGAACCAGACUACAAAGUUCAACUGUGAUCUGCACAUCAGCUGGCGGCGCGAGGAGGCGUGUGUCCUCAAUCCGGAGCUAACGUACGAGCUGCAGAUUCGCUGGGAUAGCAAUGCCUAUGGGGCAGAAUAUCCUUGCAGCCUGCAAUCGUGCCAAGCGGACGGAAUUCGAUUCACGGACAGCGACAGCUUUAGCGGCAGUCUCGUCAAAGGAUUACGCUACGCUAACCUGGUGUAGGUAUCCUGCUGCGGUCACUCAACGCCUCAAUUAUUUAGUCCUAAGUCGUAAAUCGUAAGCCCUAUAUAUUUAUUGCCCUAAGUUAAUGUACGCCUCCGGAGUUCAAUAAACUUAUUCUGUGAGGAAAGAGCCUCAAAUCAACUGA